GAAUCUUUAGCCAGUUGAUCUCCUUAAAUCUUUCGGAGGAGUCAUUUUUUUUGUGUUUUUUAUUUAUUUAUUUAUUUUUUAAAAAUGUCUUGAGAUUUGAGAUUCACACCGCGAGGCUGCGCUCAUCUGAAUCUUUUUUUGGCACCUGGAGAACGGAAUUUGUGCCACACUGGAGCUUUCUGGUGCGCGCCGGAGGACGAUCCACGGGGCAAUACAGAGAGGAGACAGAACCUUUGCUGAACGCAUGUCCACGCAUGGCCUGAAUACAAAUAAAGCAAAAGCAGCUGGUGUAUGAGCUGCACCAGUCUCUAAUUUACCCAAUAAGCGUGUGAUUGGUGUGGAGAGUCACCCCUCAGGAGCAGCAGCAGCAGCAGCAGUGCGCACACUCCAUUUGACGUGGAUCUGCUCUCUGCCGGUGUUUCGCGUAAAGCAGUAAUACCACGCCGACUGAACCCAGUUUGAGGAGCUAAAAGUUUUUUUUUGGAUUCUUGCUUGCAACGACCUCCUCCGGCUCGGUGCCAAUGAUGACUGAGAACAGUGAGAUGGAGAGCGACUCGCAGCUCCAGCGCUCCCCAAACAACAUGCCCAUCCAGCCGAUGACAUCCAAGCUCCAGAGAUUGAAACGCUCACUGUCCUUCAAGACCAUGAUGCGCAGCAAGAGCGUGGAGAACUUCUUUCAGAGGUCCUACAGCGACGCUCGCCUGCCCGCCGACUUUAUCACUGACCCACCACCGCCUUCUCCUCCGCUGCCACCCGGCUCCCCUCUCGUUGGCGAACGCUCACCCUCCAUUUCACCGUCUCUUAGCCCCAACCCCUCCAUCUGUUCCCACUCACCGUCUCUCAGCCUUUCUCCAUCACUGCCUGCAAAGCCUCCCCGAGCUCAGAUUAACCACUGUUUUCAGGACCACAUUUUUCGGAAGCCCACCAACUGCCAGCACUGCAAGCACAUGAUAGUGGGAAACUCCAAACAAGCUCUGCGGUGUAAAACAUGCAAGAUGGCUGCUCACCUGUGGUGCACAUCAGAACUCUCGCAGCAGCAAUGCCAUGGAAAGUCUGGAGCAUUCAAGCGAAACUUCAGCUCGCCGAUGCUCGUCAAUGACCAAUUGGCUGUCGUCAAGGAAGUUCAGCCAAGCCAGGAGGCUGCGCGGAUGCGUGUAGACCCCGUGUAUGCCGCCUUACGCUACGGGACGUCCUUGGCACAGAUGAGCCGUUCCAGUUUUGGCAGUUUAUCAGAAUCACCAACGCGCAGCUUGGGGGAAGGAGGUGAGGAGAGGCAGGAGAGACAGUGCAGCAUGGAGGAGGAAAUAACUCAGGAGACGGGGGAAAUCCUCGCGCCACUUCCAGACGCCGCUGUUCCAGAGGAAGAGAUGGAGAAGGAGGUGGAGCAGAGCUGCGAGCAAGCAGAGAUUCCUGCAGAGGACAGCAGUUCAAAGGUGCCCAAGCGCAUUGAAGUCCACUCCAUCCACACCUAUGUAGCACUCUACAGGUUCCUGCCUCAGGAGCUGAAUGACCUGGAAUUACAUCCUGGCGAUCGGGUGCAGGUCACAGACGACUCUAAUGAGGAGUGGUGGAAGGGUAAAAGUGGUGACAGAGUCGGCUUUUUCCCUGCCAACUUUGUGCAAAGGGUCCGACCAGGGGAGAGGGUCUGGCGGGUAGUUCAGGGUGUUCCCGGAAACAGAGAAAAAGGACACAUGGCAGUGAGAGAGUCGCAGAUUUGUGUUGGGAAGAGAGAAGAUGGGGAAAUUUUUCUGAAGCUGAGCAGUGGAAAGAAGAGAGGCCUGGUCCCUGCCGACUCCAUAGAGGAGAUCUGAACAUUAUUUCACUUUUACACUCUGACUCAAACUGUCAGCACCACACUCUGCCCCGCUCUCUGGAGAAAUGACCAUACAAUCCUCUGCAACCACACAGAAAAAUACACACUCCUGCCAAGAUCCGACGCCACCGUCUCUGACAAACAUUUGUUUUCUCAGAGCAUUUAUUGACUGAUGUCCUGCACCCAAGGACGGUGAUUGACUCAACAUCUUAGACAAAGGCAAGCAGAGGUAAAUGUGGCUUUAAAUAAUUGGAUCGCAUUCAAUUUUGCCCGUCAAAAACACUUUUCCAACUGUGGGAGAACCUUUGAAUCCUGUUAUGGGAACAUCAUGCUUGUGUCAGUGUCCUUUUUCUUGCCUCUACCCACUCGGUGUGUCUCAUCACUAUCUGCUCAUUUCAGGGCUUUUUUUCCCUUUGGGCUGUUAUCACGUAUUGCUACUGCAACUACAGACUCUUUGCAAGGAACAACCACUGCCAUCCACUGAAAGCUACACUGCCACUAGAGAAACUUCCGGAUGAGAUGGAAGGAGGUCAUGCAAUUUAAAGCCUGCAUCAGACAGUGCUUUAACUGAUAAAUGUAAAAAUGCAGAAAAUGAAUCCAUUUUUUUAAGAAAAAUUGAAGGCUCCAACGACCUUGUCACAGAUGUUUAGAUCUGUAUUUUCCAGUACAUAGAAAUAUUUAAAGUCAAAGGAAGUUAAAAGAAUUGGACCGUGUGAACAGGGGUGUCCAAAGUUUGGCUCGGGGGCCAUUUGUGACCCUUGGACUGAUUUUUUGGGGCCCCCAACUGCAGUUCAAGAAUGAUACAAAUUCAUUUAUUAAACUUCCUCUUAUAAAUCAGGGUAUGGUUUUCAUACAAUGGAAAAUGCUGAGUAAAAUUUUAUAAGUAGAACCAGGCCUAUCCAGAGGCUUUUACUGAGAAGCCGACUUUACCAAACUUGACCUUUACCAAACUCAGCUUUUAUUUAAUAUGUUAAUCUUGGCUAAGUGUAGCAAUCUGUUUGAAAGAAUGUGACCCAAAUCAUUAUUUUAUAACAAAGAAUAAAUGUGUUCAACUAAAAUAAAUUGUGCAAAAUCCUAAUUAUCCCAGUCUUGGAUCUACGAUGAAUUUUUGUUCUUUGAAUUUUAUAUUCUUUGCCCUCAAGUACUUCUGACUUGAUGAAUUUGCUCCAAGUUACAAAUAUUUUGGACACUCCUGAUGUAGAAAUAACAGUCAGUAUUUUGAAGCUUUAUGUGAGCGUAGAGAAAGAAUAAAAAGGUGUCAACAAG